AUGCCUCGCCGCCAGUACGUUGCGGACCUUCAACAGGCGCAGUCAGACCUCCUCCCCGCUGGCAUACAUGACCUUCAGACAGGUGAGGACGACGGCCAGUUCGAGUUCCUCUUCUCCAACGGCGACCCUUCAAGCGCCAUCAAAGUCACCGCUCUCAUACCCGAGCUCAGCGACUACCCCAAAUCCCACGAAUACAUGAUCUUCAGUGGCGAAGAUGCACCACCUCACAUCGCGAAAGCUCUCCAGAAUGUGCGGCGCACCAACGGCAAGACGGUCUUCGAGCUCCUCGACAUCGUCUCUGUCACGCUGGAGAAGCUCUCGGCGGAUCCUGACGGCGACACUGAGAUGCCAGAGUCGCAGCUGGACUAUGAAGACCAGUCAGAGGAGGAGAACGAUUUUGAUGAUGAUGACAUUUACGACAGUGACCACGAAGCCUUCCAGAACGGUACUACAGAGACUAUGUCAGGCGCCAAAUCCUCCUCUGGUGCCAGCAUGAAGCCAGCGGACAGGGCGUUCCGUGCGCGUCUCAGAUCCGAUCUCCGCUUAGCAAAGGAGGCUGGAUUCAAGGUUGGUAUUCUCGGUCAUGCACUCGACGGCUUCAACGCCUUCGUCACUCUCUCCAUCCGCAUCUCGAAGCUCGGAAUCUCGGAGGAAGCCAUGGAAGCGUGGCAAGUCACUGCUUCAGACUACCUCAUCCUGAUCUUGCAAUUCCCGAACGGCUACAAGACCAACGAAGAGCUGCAAGGCUUCGACAGCAUCCGCCUUCAAUCGAAUAUUGGCAUUCGCGUGUGUGCUGGCAAGUCGUACAAGCCUACGCUGCAGGAGGCCAUCAAGGCUUUCACCAUCAUCAAGAAGAACGCUCGCGACAGUCUGUUCACCAGCGACCUUCCAAAGCCAGAAGAAGAAGUUGCAGAGAGCUCGAUCAAGGAGACCUUCAUCUCCAAGCCACUGAACGGGCUACUACAGGAGCGGCUCGCCACACUCUUACGGUUCCGUAGCGCCGGCAUGAGCUGGAGCGGCGCCGAGGAGCAUUACAGCAACGUAUCCAGCACCGGAUCAAACGUCGAACAGGCCGUUCCAGAUCGAUGCUUCGAGCCGGACCCCGUCAACCCAGCUCUUCCCCAGAUCAUGCAUGCAGACCACCUUGCUGAUCGUGGGCGGACGACCUUCUCAUUCCCUUUGCUCGCCAUGCAGUUCUUGUUGCGCCACUUCGUCCGCUGCACAGAGUUCUGUUUGGUGUGUCACAAGAAGAUGAACACAGAGCUAGAAGCCAUCAAACCAUACGUUUGCGAGUCCGAGUUGUGCUUGUACCAGUACAUGACUCUCGGCUUUGGACCGAGCAUCGAGCACGAGAUCCUCGCCCAGCCAUACGUCGUCGACCUCUUGAUCUCAUUCUGCUACAAGAGUGCGGUGGCGUGCAAGCUCAAGGAAUAUCCCGACGGCCUGUCCCUCGCGGUCCCUCCCAGCGACCCAGCCUGUGCCGUACUUGAGCCUUACCACGGCCGCUACAUGUAUGGCACACAGCCGCAGACAGUAGCUUCCGUGACCUCGCCUGUCGCUGGGUUUCAUGUUGGGUUCGAUCGUGAUCGGCUGGAGCUCAUCUUCCACAACAAGCCUGAGCGCUGCCCGGUCAAACGCGGCGACUGGAUUGUCCUGAAGAUGUCCAAUCAGGUUUCGUUGCAAGAGGCGGAGCUGCAUUGUCGCGUUGAUGAGACGAGCUUCUUCCCUACCAUUACGAUCUCUAAGCCGGUCGUCCUCAAUCUAGGCGGUAACAACAUCAGCGCAAGCCCACAUGCAUCAACGAACGGCGUGUCCGAUCAAACCACAAAGAAGCCCGCCUCGCCAGCAGCUACGUCCAAGUGGGAAGAAGCAAGCUUCACGGUCUACGAUCAAGACUUCAAGAGCAUGACAGUCAGCGACAAGAGCUCCGCGAUUUGUCGACUGCUCGACACACUUCCAGAUGUCAAGACGAUUCAAGAGUAUCUGACCAAGAACCAGCCUGCAGACCUCAAGAACUGGGUUGAGCGUAUCUCGCCAGCUGCUCUCAGCUUGCUUCGCUGGGUCAUCGCGAGCAAUCGAGCCUGCAUCAUUCAAGUUGAUGGCGACAAUGACGCCUCCUCGGCUUUAAAGAAGGAGGAGAGGUUGUCCGGGAUGGCGAAUCACAUGCAGUUCCGCUUUGCGAUGGGGGCACCUGACAAGGAGCAACGCUUCCUCAACGAGGCGCGCAAGACGACAAAUCGGCUGAACCUUGCGGUCCCGACCAUUUUUGCGUGGCAUGGCAGUCCGCUGCACAACUGGCACAUGAUCAUUCGUGAGGGUUUGCACUUCAAAAACACCGAUCAUGGGAGAGCUUACGGUCAUGGUGUGUACCACGCUUUGGAUGCGACCACUUCUUCAGGCUAUGCUUCGAUGGGUGGAAUGGGCAUAGGCGUGAACGGCGACGUCCCCAAGGGAACAUGGGGCUCCAGCGUCCUGCGCAUCUCGUCAGCGCUCGCAUUAAACGAGAUCGUCAACGCGCCUGCCGAGUUCGUCAGCAGCAAGCCGUAUUACGUGGUUGCCCAGCUCGACUGGAUCCAGACACGCUACCUCUUCGUCUCUUGCAAGCCAGCGCAAGACACUGUCCAGAUCGGCAACGAUACGCCACCGCAGAACGCACUCACCCAGGAUGCUAGUCGCAUUCCUACGGGCACAAGUGGGUCUGUGGUGAUCCCCGCCGCAGCCAUCAAGACGCACAGAAUGAUCCGGAACGAGCGUAGGCCUCCUUCACCGCACAACCCGAGCCCGUUGAAGAAGCUGAAAGCGCUUGGUGGCUAUCGCGACCAACCAAUCCCGAUCGACGACGACGACGAUACGGACAGCAUCAUGACCACAGCCAGCGACACCGGAGCCCUAUUCGGCGAAGACCCCCUCCCUCCCACCGAGCCCUCCCCACCACCCACACCGGCCAAGCUCCUCGGUCCACCAACAGACUACAUCCCCGGCCAACUCGACUUCUCCACCCUCCCCCUCAUGCCCCUCCCCACAUACGCCACCUCCCACACCACGAAACGCCUGAUGAAAGAACUCCAAUCCUGCGCCCGCGUGCAAGACGCCACGCCCCUCGCAGACCUCGGGUGGUCCAUCGACGUCGCGAAGAUCGAGAAUGCGUACCAGUGGAUCGUCGAACUGCACUCGUUCCACACCUUCGAAAUCAAAGGCAAGAAAUUACCACUAGCAGUAGACAUGGCGAAGCAAGGCGUAAAAAGCGUGGUGAUGGAAGUGCGCUUCAACAAGGACUUCCCCUUCUCCCCGCCCUACGUACGCGUCAUCACGCCCCGCUUCCUUGGCUUCAACCAGGGCGGCGGCGGACAUAUUGUCCUCGGAGGAGCGAUGUGCAUGGAACUCCUCACUAACACCGGAUGGUCUUCUGUGAGUUCGAUGGAGUCGGUGCUGAUGCAGAUCCGGCUGGCGAUCGCGAGUGAGCCUUUCGCAAGGUUGGAUGUUCAUGCGGGGAGAGGGAGCUAUGGGACGGGCGAGGCGGCGGAUGGGUAUGUGAGGGCUUGUCAGACGCAUGGGUGGAAGGUUCCCGAGGGGUUUCGGGAGAUGGCUUAUGGAGUCCCGGAAGGGGGUGGGGGGCGGUUGUAG